GUCUUACCUGUUCAGAUCGCCUCUGCUCUCUGAACGCUUCUGCACGAAGUUGCUCUCUGUCGCUUUGGAGUUUUUGCUUUAAUUCCUGUCGGUCAUCAUGCCGUUAAAGUUUGAGCUGUGCCCCGGUAGAAUGAUCGGAGGCUCGAACCCGUGUUUCAUCAUAGCUGAAAUUGGACAAAACCACCAGGGGGACAUUGAGAUUGCCAAGAAAAUGAUCAAAUUAGCCAAGGACUGCGGUGCUGACUGUGCCAAAUUCCAGAAAAGUGAACUGGAGUAUAAAUUCAACAAGCAAGCCUUGGCGCGGCCUUACAACUCCAGACACUCCUGGGGCAAAACCUACGGGGAUCACAAGCGCCAUCUGGAGUUCAGUCAUGAGCAGUACAGGGAGCUGCAGAGAUACGCACAGGAAGUGGGCAUCUUCUUCACAGCUUCAGGAAUGGAUGAGAUGGCAGUAGAAUUCCUGGACGAGCUCAAUGUGCCUUUCUUCAAAGUAGCUUCUCUAGAUGCCAACAACUUCCCCUAUUUGGAGAAAACUGCAAAAAAAGGACGUCCCAUGGUGGUGUCCAGUGGGAUGCAGUCUAUGGAGACGAUGCGUCGGGUCUACCAAACAGUGAAGAAGUACAACGAAGAAUUGGUCAUCCUGCAGUGUACCAGUGCUUAUCCACUGGAGGCUGAGGACGUCAACCUCAAAGUUAUCACGGAAUAUCAGAAGGAAUUUCCAGAUAUACCGAUUGGGUAUUCUGGCCAUGAAUCUGGAAUCUGUAUUUCUGUGGCAGCUGUCGCCCUGGGAGCAAAGGUCAUUGAGCGCCACAUAACGCUGGACAAGACUUGGAAAGGAAACGAUCACGCUGCUUCACUGGAUCCCUCUGAGCUGGUCGAACUGGUCCGCUCCAUCCGACUGGUGGAGAGGGCGUUGGGUAGUGGCAUAAAGCAGAUGUUGCCCAGUGAGAAGCCGUGCCACGAUAAGUUGGGUAAAUCAGUGGUGGCUAAGGUGGAGAUCCCCAAAGGAACUCUUCUAACACUGGACAUGUUGGGUGUAAAGGUUGCUGAGCCAGUGGGUGUCCCAGCUGAGGACCUCUUCGAGCUGGUUGGAAAGGCUGUACUGGAGGAUGUGGAGGAAGAUGAGAGCAUCAUGCCAGAGGUUGUGGACAGCUAUGGCAAAAAGAAGAAGUGCUAAAUCAUACAACAAUCAGCAUAAGAUAUACAAAAAAAGUAAUGAUUCCUUCAAGAAAAAUCAGCAGAGCGAAAUGAUUGGUGCAGCUGAAACCGAAAAGUCAUGGACUUUUUUUAAAGAAGUGAUUGUAAGUAAUAACGAUACAACAAACUGCUGAUGUACUUUUUUUAGCCCGAUACCAGAUGAUAAGAUAUUCUUGCAUUUCAUGCUUGCAUUCGUAAGAAUGGAAAAUGUUUUGCCCUAAAAAUGAUUAAAUUUGGAUGAGUCCUCAUAUAAGAAAGGCUUUGUAUUAAAUUAACUGCAAACCUU